GUGGACUGCACAUGUAUAUGCUAUUGGAGAGUUCGCAUGCAUGCACGCAGUUGCAUGGAAAAGCGUCAACUCUAUAGUGUAGUAGAGGCGGCGGCGUCUGCAAGUACAUGUACUGACGACCAUAACUCGCAGUCAUACCGUGCAGACACAUUGCGAUUGCUCAGCAAUAGUUUUCUUUUUCUCUAACUUUGACACGAGAGUCAAGAAGAUGCCGGUGCAAAUAUCGUGGCCUGUCGUUGUUGCUACCGUUCAUCCAAAUAUUGGCGGGUGGAUUGGUGGUAUCAUUACCAAAAAGAACAUCAAUCCUUGGUACCAGUCGUUGAAGAAACCAACGUGGACACCACCGAAUUGGGCAUUUGGCCCAGUAUGGACUGGAAUAUACUGCUCCAUAGGAUAUGCCUCACAUUUGGUUUUGCGCGAUAGCGACAGUUGGGAAAAAGCUGCACUACCACUCUCGAUUUACGGAGCUAAUUUGGCACUCAACUGGGCUUGGACGCCUAUUUUCUUUGGAGUGCAUAAAAUUAAAUGGGCACUGUACGAUAUAGUUGCUCUUUGGGGCACUACAGUUGCAAUGGCUGUGGUAUUCUACAGAGUUAACACCACGGCCGGGCUGUUAAUUCUUCCAUACAUCGCUUGGAAUACACUUGCAACUGCUCUCAACUAUGUAGUAUAUAGGGACAACGAAUUAAAUAACUCGAUGCCAUCCACCGAAGACAAAAAGAAAUAGAAUGUUGAACUUUUUGUUAUGAUAGACUUUUUGUCUAUCCUAUGCAAUUUAGAUGAUACUUAUUUUUAUGCGAUUGUUAAGCCUUGUUCAACAAUAAGUUUCAUACAUGUCACUCCUGAUCCCUGCGCUUUUAUAUCACCUACUCUUGUGUAA